UUUCUUUGUUUGAGACUCUGCGCAUCUAACGGUGGAAGAUCUCCGGGAAUCAGCGCGCUUUCUCUCCUCAGCAGCGCCGGCAAUAGGGACGGCAUCCUAACGGGAAACGUGCGUGUGCGAGAGUGUGUGUGAGAGUGUGUGUGAGUGUGUGUGAGGUUCAGGUGAGUUAUUUGUAUUGUGGUGAACAGAAGCGUCCAGGCGUCGCACAGCCCGAGGCACCGGCGCACCUGCGCUUUAACGGUUUAACCGGCGUUCAUCCGCGGUGCUUCAGCGGCGUUCCGACACACUGUCAGCUGGAAACUGCGAUAUUUCUGCAAGAGGAUGGGAUGUGUGUGUGGUCCCGGUGGGCUGCAGGCUCUGCUCAUGCUCCUCUGUCUCUUGACUGGAUGUGACCUGAGUAAUGCUGAAACUCUGGUUACCGUGCACAAAGUAACGCACCCCACCAUCCGAGAACCUCUUGCAGGCUCUGCCCUCCUUCCCUGCGUCCACACCCUGCCACUCAGCUCCGACCACCGUGGUCAGACUCCGCAUGUGCAAUGGACUCGUCUCGAGGAUGGCAAAGAGACCACUGUGCUCUUACUCGAGGAUGGAGAAGUCCGUGUACAGCGGGCAUACCUAGGACGCCUCAGUCUGCCGGGGUACCACUCGAACAGCCUGAACGUCUCGCUGGCUCUCUCGCAGCUCCGCAAUAACGACUCUGGGACCUUUCUCUGUCAUGUGAUCCUCGGAGACACUUACGAGCAAGACACCAUCACGCUGGAGGUUACAGGGGUUGUGUUUCAUUACCGUACGCCGGCUCAGCCUUACUCUCUGUCGUUCGCGGAUGCUGAGCGUGCGUGCGAGCAGAACUCGGCUCAGAUAGCAUCUGCUGACCAACUCUGGGCUGCUUUCCACUCGGGCCUGGACGAGUGUUCGGCCGGCUGGCUCAGAGAUCAGACUGUAAGGUACCCGAUUCAGAAACCAGAGCUGGGCUGCUACGGACACAGCGAAAACGUGAGAGGGGUGAGGAAUUAUGGGAAGCGAGACGCCUCCGAUCUGUUUGACGUGUACUGCUUCGCCGGCGCCAUGCAAGGUGAAGUGUUCCCGCUCUUGGCUCCAGGGAAUCUCACCCUGGCCGAGGCUGUGGCUCAGUGCGCUGUUCUGGGCGCUCAGCUGGCCACAGUGGGUCAACUCCAUCUGGCAUGGCGCUCUGGCCUGGAGCACUGCGAACCCGGGUGGCUUGCAGAUGGCAGUGUGAGGUCCUCAGUGAUUAAACCGCGUCUUGAGUGUAGGAGCGGAGAACCCGGGGUGCACAUUGACUCAUCCACAGAGCUCGGCAAUUUGACGGCCUUGUUCAGUGCAUACUGCUACAGAGAAUCACAGGAUUCCUCUACUGAGCCACCUGUUCCCCAGCCAUCAAACUGGACUGGCCAAGUAGACCUGGAUGCCGAGCCCAUUAUAAUCAGUAUAUCUGAGUCUGAUGAUUAUAUUACGACACGUCUAUGUGUAGAGGAUGGCUCCCUGGAUUGCAGCCAAGAAGAUUCAACAACAAUUACCUGGCAGGACAUAUCUACCACGCUAUCGGACAUCACCCCUGAGAGGCUCAGAGAGGAAAAUAAAGGCCAUGAGGUUACAACAGUAGCCUUGCCAACACCGACUAUGACUCAGAAGACGGACUCCUUUAGAAACAUAAUGAGCUCCUGGUGGAAACCCUGGAACUACCUGACGGGAAACAAUGAGGAGGAGAGCGACACCACUUCAAAUCCUCUUACCACAGUGCCUGGUGCGAUAGGUUCUACGGUCCCUGAAGUGCAUACAAGCACACAGUCUGACGAUUCUUCAGCAUCAGGACAGAUAUCAUGGUGGUCGCAUACCUGGUUCAACCAAUUUUCUACAACAGAAGACAAAACGACCGCUUCCCCUCAGCUUGAGAACACAGGCACCUCAUCGGCAACCCCGGUUGAGACCACCAGAGAAGUCCUGGAGCAAAGCAUGACCACAGCUACAGGAGAGUGGGCAGUCGUGACUGAGGUUUUCCAACUUGGAAGCUUGACAACUGAAACAGAGAAAGAAACUGUGCCAUCUGUAGUUUCACUCAAAAAAGAAGAAGAAGAAGAAGAAAUAGAAGAUAAGGAGAAAGUGAUUGGGCUUCCAGAAGAGGAGUUUAGAGAGCACAGGAGGACAGAAGAGGAGGGUAGCUCCUGGGGGGAUGUGGACCUGUCUGAAAGUACCACCAAAGCCCUAACAACAGGGCAAGUUUUAACUAGUACAUCGCCUAACAUCAGAGUUACUGUAGCUACAAUGACACCACAAGUUGAAGAGUUAACAGCUGCUGAGGCUCGAGGAGAGAUCCAGUAUGAACCCAUGACCACAGUAAGGCAACCUGAGCAAAAAAACACCACCAUGCUUGUCUCCACGACUUGGGCUGCUUCUGAAAAGGAGGAAGAAGCUCAGACCACCUUGAUUCCUGAUCUUUCAACUUCGUCUUCUCAAAGCAUGACAGAAAGUGGAGUCAUCUCUCCCACAGCUUCAGAUGAGUACCAUCUGUCAAUCUUUGGCUCCCUGUUGCCUGGCAACCCAGAGAGCGGCCUUGGCAACUCCGAUUCCAGCAGGAACAAUGAAUCUGAAGCUCAGGACAGAUGCAGUUGCUUGCAUGGAGGGACAUGCCUCCCCCACGAUGAGGGCUUCCAGUGUUUCUGCCCACAGGGAUACACAGGAGAGAGCUGUGAGAUCGAUGUAGAUGACUGUCUGUCCAACCCAUGUGAGAACGGAGGGACCUGCAUCGACAAGGUGGACUCCUUCAUAUGCCUGUGUUUACCCAGCUACAGUGGAGACAUGUGUGAGAAAGACACUGAAGGCUGUGACCACGGCUGGAAGAAGUUCCACGGUCACUGCUACAAACUGUUCACCCGCCGGCACACCUGGGAGGAUGCUGAGAAGGACUGCAGAGAGCUUAGCGGCCACCUGACCAGCGUCACCUCCAGCGUGGAGCAGGACUUCCUUACUGGCCUGGGCCAUGAUAAUGUGUGGAUUGGGCUAAAUGACAGAACAGUGGAGGAAGAUUUCCAGUGGACUGACAACAUGGACCUGGUAUACGAGAACUGGCGUGAGAACCAGCCGGAUAAUUUCUUUGCAGGUGGAGAAGAUUGUGUCGUGAUGAUCUCUCGAGAGGACGGCAAGUGGAACGAUGUGCCUUGUAACUACAACCUGCCCUACAUCUGCAAGAAGGGCACAGUCAUGUGUGGCACUCCUCCGGCUGUGAGGAACACGUAUCUUGUGGGACGGAGGCGAGCUCACUAUGACAUCCACUCGGUGGUGCGUUACCAGUGUGUCGACGGGUUCUUCCAGAGACACGUCCCGACGGUGCGCUGCCGACCCAACGGCACCUGGGAGAGACCCAAGAUCGUCUGCACCAAGUCACGGAGGUCUCACCGCUACCGUCGGCAACAUCACAGAUAUCACCACGAGCACCGGCGACACCGCAGACAUGGUUCCGGCCACAGAGGACGGGACUAGAGCUACCAUUCUCCGGCCACAGGUCCCUGUGUGACAUCACUUCCUUUGACGGAAGCGAGAGGGCCCUUGAAGGACAGAAAUGGUUUUUCAUCAUUUUUUUUUUCUCCCCUCCAUUCUCACUCUUUCUCUUUUCCUAAAAAUCUUCUUUCAAAGAAUGUGUUUUUGACUCAUCUCCUCUCUUUAGGGUUCUUUUUCGCUCUUGGAUUUGGGUUUAAUGUUCAUUUUCGUCUCGUUUAAAGAAAAAAAAAAAAAGGAACCUGAUUCUUCAAGCUUUGACGCUAAUAUACAACCUAGUCGUGGGUGUUUACUAAAGUUCCUGGAUUGGAUGAUCGCAGGUCAACUCAUUAACCCGUGCGUUUGAUUUGCCUUCAUAGGACAUUCGUGUUCAUUAUUGUUGUAGGCGCAGAAAAGUUUUCAUAGGUCUUGCGGAGUAUCAGUUUGAUUAGAGUUCUGUAGAUCCACUUUGUAGUGCAAUAAUCAAUUCAGAAACGACACAUUACUGUCAUUUAUUCCUCUAUUGGUGAUGCCUGUAUGUACUCCAGUAAACAAUAAUCAGUCCUUGUUACUAUGGCACAAAGUUUUUUUUGUUUUUUUCGUUAUACUUACUAUUCAUCAUUUUUAACAAGAACAGAUGUGUGUAAAGAUGCAUAAAAUUCUGAGCAAGAAAAUGUUGCCUUUACUACUUCAAAGAUUUUUUCUUUACAUAUUUUACAUUCUUUUUUCAUAUCAGCCCCAAAAAUCAUGAAGAGAAGACUAGGUUUGACUCUAAAAAAUUAGACAGAGAGUUACCUUAUUUACCUGCAUUUACAGUAUUUAGCAUCCUUCCUUUCGCCUGCAUUGUUAAUGAAAAAGUUGUUAAAAAAAAAAAUGCCAGUUCAAAUUAGCACAUUAGAUUUAAUGAACCUAUUCCUGAUGCGUAUUUAACGAAUUAGCACUUUGUUUUACUGUUAAAGGUUCAGAAAUGCACAGCAGCAUUUGUUUCUUUGGCUAACACACAAGUCUGGAGGUUGAGUCAUGUGCUGGAAAUGAAACAAACGGAACAAAGAAUUAUUGUUUUCGAGUCAGCGUUAUGGAAGUCCUAAGGGGCCAUGCAUUAUAAUAUUUUUCUUUCCUGUUUACUACUGAUCACAAUUUAAUUUUCUUGCGAUCUUGACAUAAACAUUGUUUCCUCGUGAUCAGUACUUAAAUUUUCGGUGUAUUCGGCAUGAGAGCUUGUAGAGGCAGCACAUGGAUAAUAACCAUAACCAUUUGUGGCAGCGGCAUCAAGUCCACGAUCGCGAGAAAAUUAAGUCUUGAUAACAAGAAAACAACUUUUGUUAUGUCACGAUCACAAGAAAAUUAAGCCGUGAUCACGACAAAACAUCUCGAUGUGUCGAGAUUACGGGAAAGAACAAGAAGGAACAAAAAUAUUACAAUGUAUGACAUCUUAGGACUUCUGUACAGCAUGCUACUGGAUGAAAAAAAUACAAGGAUGCUGAAGUAAAAAAAAAAAAUUUUUAAAUCCUAUUCUAAUGACUGGACUUUUCAUACACCAGGGAUCGAUUUUGCAAAAACUGAAUUUAAAGAACAACGUGUUCUUGUAACACACUGUAAUAUUCAGGAUUCUGCAUUAUUUCUAGGUCCCUGUUUAAAUGUAGGCAAAUGCACAAUAUUAACCAUAUUCUCCACCUGCCUAAUCUUCACACUUUGCA